AUGCCGCGGGUGAAAGGAUCUCCCAAGAAGUUCGUCAAGUUUGCCUCGAGUGCGAAACCCAAUACGUGGGUUUUCAUCAUGAGGAAAGUUUGGAAAGCUCCGAAGGUGUACAUCCUGAUAUGGUCAAGCUCAAACACCCAGCUUCCAAUCAGGCUGCAAUGUGUUCAGUCCAGAGGACCUGAGAAUCAGAGAUCUUGGUUCAUCGAUUAUAAUAUCAGAUCAGAUGGGAAGAUGCACCUUUCAACUCCCAUCGACUCAAUUCUUUUGAUUCUCCUAUAUCUGAGAAAAUCUCAACAAGUAAUGCCACUGGAACGAUGUCUUCAAGAUGAAGAGUAUCCAGAAACAGCUCGUCUUGUAAAAUGUCAAAACUUGAAAUUAUCAUUGGUGGCAGAUGGAAAAGGAGAUGGGUCUUUCAAGUACACAAGCAUUCAAGUACAAUGA